CUCGUCCUUUUCAGAGCAAGACGAGCAUCAGGAGUUUAUUUAUUGAGCAUUUGUUCUUUUAAAUGAUUUAAUGAUGCCUUUUCCCUGUCUUUGUACCUUUAGUUGGACUUGAUUCAGCCCUUGUUUUGUUUUGUUUUGCACCAGAAAACUUCUCAUUCCACCCUGAAGUAGCUCGGCCCAUCCCCUUUUUUCCCACACUGCCUUGGAGCAAAUAAUACGUUUUUUUUUUCCUCUGCUAACUUUUCUUACAAAAAGUGGAGCGGCUGAGGCUGAGAGGGCAGAAGGUGCCGCCGGUCUUCCACCGACAGAACACCAAAACUCCAGGAAUCCUGCAUCUGUGUUCCACUUUCACUCAUCUGAGGAGGAGAAGUUUGCUUUUUGUGUUUCUCACCUCAUACGUCAGCGGAGCGUUAUCCUGCGAUGUCUCUGAGAGGUGAUGUGUGUGUGGUGACGGGAGCCAGUGGAUUCCUGGGAAAGAGGCUGGUGAGGCUGCUGCUGGAGGAGGAGAGGACCGCUGAGAUCCGACUGCUGGACAAACGCGUGCAGCCUCAGCUGUUACAGAGUCUGGAGGACUGCAGGGGAGAAACAACACUGAGCCUGUUCGAGGGGGACAUCAGAGACGGUGGUUUCUUGAGGAAAGCCCUGCGGGGGGCGUCGACCGUCUUCCACAUCGCGUCCAUCAUCGAUGUCACUGAGUCGGUGGAGUACAGCGAGCUCUAUGGAGUCAACGUCAAAGGAACUCAGCUGCUUUUGGAGACAAGUAUCCAAGAGAACGUGGUAUCCUUCAUCUACACCAGCACAGUGGAAGUGAUGGGACCAAACACCAGGGGAGAGCCUAUAAUCAAUGGCAGUGAAGACACGGUUUAUGACAGCACUCUAAAGUACAGUUAUGGCAAGACCAAGAGGGAGGCUGAGGACAGAACCCUUCAGGCCAACGGAGAGGUGCUCCAGAACGGAGGCAGACUCGCCACCUGUGCCCUCAGGCCCAUGUACAUCUACGGAGAGGGCUGCCGCUUCCUGCUGAGUCACAUGAGGGACGGGAUCCGAAACAAAGAUGUCCUGUAUCGUACAUCGGUAGCAGAGGCUCUGGUGAAUCCAGUUUAUGUUGGAAAUGUGGCCCAAGCUCACCUUCAAGCAGCCCGAAGCCUGAAAGAUCCACAAAAACGGAACAUCAUCGGCGGAAAGUUUUAUUUCAUUUCUGAUGACACACCACCUGUGAGUUAUUCAGACUUCAACCAUGUUGUGAUGUCUCCUCUGGGCUUCAGCAUUCAGAAGAAGCUCCCAUUGCCACUCUUCUUCUUCUACAUUGUUUGCUUCAUUUUGGAGACAGUAUGCAUGAUGAUCCGUCCGUUCAUACGCAUCGCCCCUCCAUUAACCCGGCAGGUCCUCACCUUGUUGAACACAACGUUCACCUUCUCCUAUCAGAAAGCUAAGAAGGACCUGGGAUAUGUCCCCCGCUACAGCUGGGAGGAGGCACGCAAGAGAACCACUGAGUGGCUCGCCUCACAGCUGCCUUCAGAGAGGGACAAACAAAGGUCCAAAUAACUCAGUGAGGUCAUAGAUGAGAUAUUCUAACAGAAAUCAGCUUUUAUAUGAAUGUUUCUUUGUGUACAAAUCCCACUGCUAUCAUGGAGCAACAGAAAACCCCACUUAUGGAGGACUUCCUCUAAAACGUAACUCAUAUAUAAAUGUUUUUCACUUGUAUGUUUGUACAAUUAACUAAACUUUACUCAUCUUAUUGUAGGCUUUGCAAUGGUUAAACUAAAUCUGGACAAUAAAACACAGUUUUGAAUCAUC